AUGUAUGGUAGUGCAACCUCUCUCAGCCAUGCACGGAGCAAGUAUGGUAGUGCAACCUCUCUCAGCCAUGCACGGAGCAUGUAUGGUAGUGCAACCUCUCUUAGCUAUGCACGGAGCAUGUAUGGUAGUGCAACCUCUCUCAGCCAUGCACGGAGCAUGUAUAGUAGUGCAACCUCUCACAGCCAUGCACGGAGCAUGAGCGAUAGUGCAACCUCUCUCAGCCAUGCACGGAGCAUGAGCGGAAGUGCAUAUUCUCUCAGCCAUGCACGGAGCAUGAGUGGAAGUGCAAGCUCUCAUAGUCAUGCACGGAGCAUGAGUGGUAGUGCAACCUCUCUCAGCCAGGCACGUAGCAUGAGCGGUAGUGCAACCUCUCUCAGCCAUGCACGGAGCAUGUAUGGUAGUGCAACCUUUCUCAGCCAUACACGGAACAUGUAUAGUAGUGUAGACUCUCUCACCCAUGCACGGAGCAUGUAUGGUAGUGCAACCUCUCUCAGCCACGCACGGAGCAUGUAUGGUAGUGCAACCUCUCUCAGCCAUGCACGGAACAUGAGUGGUAGUGCAACCUCUCAUAGCCAUGCACUGAGCAUGAGUGGUAGUGCAACCUCUCUCAGCCAUGCAGACAGCAUGAGUGGUAGUGCAACCUCUUACAGCCAUGCAGAUAGCAUGAGUGGUAGUGCAACCUCUCACAGCCAUGCAGAUAGCAUGAGUUGUAUCGCAGCCUCUCACAGCUGUGUAUGCAAAAUUUAUGAUAAUGCAACAUUUCAACAUCUAUCUGACCGCAGCAAUUCUGGUUCUACUACCAAAAGACGAGAGAGAUAUAGUUUAUUGUUUCGAAUACUUGUUUUAUGUGAAUCGUUUAACUUAAUUCUUAAAUCUACCUUAAUCAAACGUCGUUCACAUGGUUGUCCCUUCGUGUAUGAAAUAAUACUGAUCUAG